AUGGUCUCCACCAGACCAAAGAACAAACUCAGAGGAAUUCCCCAAGGCACGAAAAUCGACCUCACCGGAGAAAGCCCCACACCACCGAAAUCAAAAGCUUCGAAAAAAAUCCCACGUCCGAAACCACUUCCGAAGCAAACCACACCAACCCCAUCGUCCAAAACCCUGCCGGAAGCCGAGAGUCCCUCGCCGGUGGAUGAAAAUGUCAUCGAGCAACUCACGGCGGAAAUAGACGUCCCCACGCUCGGCACUGACGAACAGCAUGUAGCCGAAGGGGAGGGCAAGGCCAUACCGGAAAUGGCGAAGAAAGGCGAGGAAGAGCCGUCUAGGAGGAAGCACACCCCCACCGCUCCAAAGAGAAAUAAGCUGGCGGUCAAGAAAUCAGCCACGCCGGCCAAAGGAUCAUCAAAUGAGAGGAACGAACCUUCGGGUUCAGUGCUGCAAGAGGAGCAGGGACAGUCCAGCGAGGAGCCAGAGGAAACACCAGCCAAAAGGAGGAGGAAAGUGAUGGCCCCAACUCUAAUCCGAAUGAUUAAGAGAGAGCCGGCGUCCGCACCGAGAAGCAGGAAGAAGACGGCGAAGGGGAUUGCUGUGCCCAAGAUCCCGGAUAUGAAGUCGCUGGAGCCUUUGGGCACAGUGAAAAAGAUAAAGGAAUACUUCGACAACAUCGGAUGGAAGGCAUUUCUGGGAUGGCCAGGGCACGCGUAUGAGGAAGUGGUCAGAGAAGUUUUUGACUCGAUGUAG